GUUCCUGCCCGCGCCCGUUGCUGGAAGAAAGAAAGGCUGGCGGUUCGCUCGGAUCUGUGCCGGGUCCGGAGGAAACAGGCUGCCCGUCCGCCGCGGGAGCGGUGAAUGAGCGACCGAGCGAGGUUUCAUGAAAGAAGGACGAUCGGUGUCUGUCUGGCUCUUUGAUCGUCAGACGGUGGGGACAGUGGCUAAAACAUGUUGAAUAUGCUGAAUCCUAUGGCAUUAGAAGAGGAGACAAAUAAAAAGCUCACAGAAUUUAUCCAGAAUGUUCAUGAUAGAGAUUUUGUAUGGAUGGAUGAGAUUCUUGAAGAAGCUAUCAAGAUGUUUAAGAGUAGUAGCUUUAAUGGAGAACCAGAGCUGAUGCCAAAAACCCCAUCUCAGAAAAAUCGUAGUAGAAAAAAAUGUCUCUCUUCUAUGAAGAAUGAUCAACUUGCCACAAGAAGAUCAUCUAAAAGAAACAGUGCCAGGAUAAGAGCUUCAAAGAGGAUUUCCCAAAAUACUCAGCGCAAAAAAGAAUUAGAAAUUCAGAAAGCUGAACUAGAGAACAUCUCUCCUUGUGUUCGUGUAACAAGAUCACAGGCUGCCAGGUCUUUCAAGUCUCUCUCAGUUGCUGUUAAGAAUCCAGUUAUUGAUUUAGCCAAAGGGAGGAUACCACUAGUAGAAAUUAGUGCCAAUGAGAGACACAGUGCAGAAGGGCAGAUAGAAAAUACGCCACCUCAACUAGCAAAGGUUGCCUUAAGCCAUACUUUGUCUUCAUCACCUGCUAAGAGAUCAAAACCCUUGUCUGAAAAUUCUGUGAUCAUAAUCCAAGACACUCCCGAGGAAAAAUUAAAAAAAGAGGUGGGACGGACAGCAUGUAAGUUGAAGAUAGCAAAUGUGUGUCUCUCCAAAACUAUUGAAAAUGAAGCGGCCAGCAUUGAAAAAUUAUUUCCAGAGCAACAAGCAGAUAAGCCGCUAUCUGAACCCAAAGCCACUUUGAAUUUAAAUGAAUCUCCACAAACACCUACUGUCUGUAAAGGAAGCCGUCGCUCAGUACGCCGAAGCCUGAUGGGCAGAGCCUCCACAAGCUCUAGAGCCUCUCUGGCCAACAGAUACUCACUAAGCACUAAAAGGGAACAAAUUGUCUUGAGACGCAGUAGCAGGACUGUAUCUAAACAAUCUAUCCAGCAGUCAUCUGUGCAUACGCAUGCUAAGACUGAGGCUAUUAAGGAAGUGUUUCCGGAUAAAGAAAGUACUGAAUCCAGAGCAACAUUAGAUUCUACGUCUCAUUCUCAGAAGGUUGAUGAAAAUCUCAACAAAACCCUUUGUUCUAAUAAGACUGGUAUGCCAGAGACUCCCCAAUCCGAAGGAAAACAGCAUAAAGGAGACAGGGAAGAUGCAGAAGACAGCUCUGAAAUGAGUGAUGAGUUACAAAAGCAGCCUCUAAGUGCCCGGAGAAAGCCAAGCUAUAAAAGAGCAAUUAGUGAUAGAGAUGAUGGACAGCACACAGAAGAUGAGCUCUCCCCACCAAGAAAAAAGACUCUAUCUCCUCAGUGUCCUGCCAGCAAGGUUGUGCGUCCUUUCAAAACAUUCUUGCACACAGUGCAGAAGAACCAGAUGCUGAUGACUCCUGCCUCUGUAAAUCGAAACAACACAAUAAAAUCAUUCCUCCGGCAGAACACUCCACUCCGCUUCACUCCCAGGGAAAAAGAGAGGCAGCGGUUAGAGAAUCUGAGGAAGAAAGAAGAGGCCGAGCAUCAAAGAAAAAGGAAAAUGGAGGAGGAAAAGAAACGGCGAUUAGAGGAGAUGAAACGUAAACGUGAAGAGCGCCUACAAAAGGUGUUGCAGGCUCGGGAGCGAGUAGAGCAGUUAGAAGAAGAAAAGAAAAAACGACUUGAACAAAAGUUGGCUCAGCAUGAAGAGAAGAAUGAGAAGGUCCGUGAGGAAAAAAUGGCAGAAGGCAAAAUUAAGAAAAGGGCAGUGGCUAAGAAGCUAGAAGAACUCGAAGCCCGGCGCAAGCAAGAGGAAGAUGCCCGCAAACAGAGAGCACUGCAACUGGAGGAGGAAGAACGUAGACAUAAGGAAUUGAUGCAGAAGAAAAGAGAGGAGGAACAAGAAAGAGCAAGAAAGAUUGCAGAACAACACCAGGCUGAGCUGGAAAGAGAAAAAGAACUGUCUGCUAAGAGAGAACUGGAGAAGAAGCAAGAGCAGGAAAAGAUUCAGGCACAGCGGAAGCAUGAACAGCAAGAAAAAGAAAAGGCUGCACGCUUGCAGAGAGAGGUUUUACAAGCAGCUAAAGAAAAAGAGAGGCUCAGGAAAGAAAUGGAGGAAAAAGAGUGGAAGUUGCAGGAGCAACGGAAGCAAGAAGAGGAACUAUUGAAAACAACUUCAGAGGCUCAGGCAAAGGUUGCUAAUAAGCAACUGAAUGUAACCGUGACUAUUGAGAACUCACCUCUCUGUAAUUCAUAUCCAAUGACACCUCAAGGCCCCAAACAACCCAAGAUUGAUAUAAAUAAUUAUGGAAUGGAUUUGAACAGUGAUGAUUCAACAGAUGAUGAGAGUCAGCCCCGCAAAACUAUCCCUGCUUGGGCUUCUGGAAAUCAACUAAGCCAAGUAAUCCUGCAUCAAUAUUAUAAUCCACCAAACACCAAAGCGCUCUUUGGAGUGGUGAAGAGUCCCAAGUUGGAAGAAAUCUUCGAUAAGAGCAAGCCACGUUAUUUCAAGCGCACAAGCUCUGCAGUGUGGAAUUCUCCACCUUUCCAAGGGGGCAAAUCUGUGUCUUCUGCCUUCAAGAGGUUCUGAUGCCUGUUCAGUCUAAUGUGUGUCUGGUUAUGUUUGUCAAAGGAGAAAAUGAGUUGCUUUUUAAUAGUGUUGUACACUCUUUUAUCCAUAUUAAUAAAUAUUAUACUCAUAUAA